CAACAUCUUCUCUUUCGUCUUUUCAACCGUCACUAAUCAACAUGCGCAACAUCGCAGCACGAACAGUAUGGACGGCGCUCGCCCUAUCCCUGUCUCUCCAGGGCACAGGAGUCCUCGCGGAACUUGACAAGCCCAUCAUGGACCCCGCCGUCCCCUUCGACCAGAUGGACACCAACCUUUACAACCAUCUCAAGUCCACCCCCUCAACUUACGAAGCGUGGGAAUAUGGCUGGCUCCCGGCACGCUGCCACGACGUCGCCGAAUCCUGGGAAAACAAGAGCCCCUACGACAUGGAGGUCUACAACGUCUUCUACGAGGACUGCGACAGGCCCUGGGUGAUUUGUCGCCACAAGGACGCGCCCAUGUCGAUUGAGAAAAUGAUUGACAACUUCGGGCGUCUCCCUGUGCGGUUGAGGAGCCUUGUUCGGGUGCAGCUCGCGUUCCCCGAACGCGGCGCGGGGCAGCUUUUGGCCUAUGCUUUCUCUGACCUCGGCGACAUUGUUUUCACCGGCGACAUGUACCCCUACAUCCGCUUCUGGUUCCACGAGAUCGGCCACAUCCGCGACGCCAACGUGAAUGCCUCCGCUGGAGAUUACUCGGCAUCCGACGCAUGGCUUACUGACUACGACGAGGAUGACUAUAUCUGUGAUGCAUACGCCAAGACUAACAACGCCGAAAACUUCGCGCAGGAAGUCGUCGUCGCCGCAUACGACAAGAUCGUCCCUGGUGGCAUCGCGGGUCUCGUGCCCAACUACGAAGAUAUCUACAACCAGUUCGUGAACGUGCAGGAGGUUAUGCGUGAUGAGCUGUGCCCCGGCGGCGCCUGCGACCGGUUGUUUGAGGAUGAUCAUAUCGUCUGCGUGGGUCCCGAUGCGGGCUGCGUGACUGAGCGAGACCACAUCGUGGCGCGGGAUGCGAGACUUGCGGCGCGCAGUUCGGAGCCGCGGAUUUGUGAGUUCCAGCAUUAGGUGGUAUACGACAGGAAUUCAAGACCACGGGAAGCGGCAGCUGGUGGUGUUGCGGUGUUGAGGUGUUCAGUACGUGUGUGCAUGAUUGACCGUGGAGUUUGAGAGGAGUCAUAAUCUGGGGUGUUUCUAGAUGGAAAGGGUGAGUGAGCAUAGGAGUGGAGGUUUCGCAUAAUUGAAGUGUAAGGAAAAUAGAUAUCGCUCCCAAACACUCGGCGACUUGAUCUGCAAUCAAACCAGUAGACGAAACGCCCAACUCGGCUCCACAGCUGGGGAGAUACACCUCGGCACAGCCGUCGAAAAG